AUGGUCAUACCCAGUCUAGGCAACACGCGCAAGCCUGCCAUCGGAGAAGCUCUUGACCCAGAGAAUCCACCAAAGAUCCCAUUCACUUGCCGAUGCAAAAUCUGCUGCCACCAGUACUUUCCCGCCACUAUCGAAGUCAAUGAUAAAGAGGCACAUCAGCUGAUCACAUCUCUUGUGGUUGACGCUCGUCAAGAUCUGGAUUUCCUUCGACGAACCAUCGCUGAACACGCCGACUACCUCGUUACACGUUGGAAGAAGAAGUCUCGCGAGAAGCGUUCUGUCUUCUUGUCGGAAAAUGUCGAUAUCUUUAACAAAAAGUUCGCUGCUGUACAUCUCCUCCACAUGCGCAGCAGCCCGGAGAACUGCGACUACACCUCAGAACUCAUGCAGUCUCUGGAAGGUCUGGGUGAUGAAAGGGUAAAGGCCAAGCUCGCAGGCGCUCUUCACCAGAGCAGAGUCAAGAAGAUGAUUUCCGCCUAUCAAGAUACUUGGCUCCUGCCCUACCUCGACUCCGACAUGCUGUCCGAAGACUCAUCGCUCCUACUCGCGCUACUGCACCACCGAACUUCACAUGAGCC